AUGGCGGCUUCAGAUGAAGGUACGAAAAAUAUAAAUUAGGAUCGCAAUUUUACGGUUAAAUGAACAUUUUUAAAGCCCUUAAAAACUGCACCUUGAAAGAUACUAAAUGAAUAAAUCAUUCCAUCUGCAGUGCCAGUCUUUGUGAAACCAAAGCGGGAGAUUCUGAGCCCACGAGAUCUGAGCAAGUGGGAAAAGUCUCAGGUAGAGAAUUUCUGUUAUUAAAUUUUGUUUUAUUUAUAUAAGCUUAUUUGACGUUUCUUACGUUUUGGCAGUCAUAGGAUUUAUAAAGGUAUUUCGUUUUGAAAACUAGAUAGAUACAUAAAAUUCAUGAAUGGAAGCAGCAGUCUAUCAUCAGCGUACCAGCUAUUUUAAUAGGAGCUAAUACAUGCAUGUGCUGCGGCAUGUUUUUAACUUUGUUGGCAAAGUAGAAUUUUACGGAAUCCCGAAAUCGAAGAUUUCAAAAUUCAAAUUUCAAAUCCCUGUCACUUGAAAUCUUGAGUACCGCCCCCGGGACGUGCCAAGUCUGCAUUUGUCGCUUACCAAUAAACCCCCGAUACGCGUUCUUUUUGUUGGGCUGCCCUGGAGGGCAAUGCCCAAUCAUAAAACGUGUCACAACUAUGUAAAAAAAAAAAAAGACCAAAUGGCAGACAGAUCUCUCAGAAGGGUUUGCGUGUCCCAUAUCCCCGUUCAAUGGAGCUGAUUUUUGCAUGGAGGGGAGAGGUCAUUUCAGAUCGUUUAGCAAACAGAUUUGGAAGUUGAUUUUGAACUAACACAAAAUUAUUGCAGGGAGUUAUUGGCCCUAUAUUUGCACCAGAUGAUUACCUAAAAUACCAUACUCGAUGAUGCAGUUAGCCUACGCGGGAGCUACAGAAACAAUGCCCUCCCACACGGUCCCCACAAGAAAAGCUUUAACUUGCUGCAAUUGUCUCCCUGCAGAGGGUGUGUUGUGGAAAUGUUCCAGUUAAAAAAAAGUGCCAUCCGUUUCUUGUUUCAAAGGCCAACUGGCCUAUUUUAAUUCAUAGUGUUAGAAGUUACAGACCCAUUCCACGGGUUAGGAAUACACACUCAAGCCAGAAAAAAAGUGUAAUUUUUUAUUGUAAUCUGUACUUCCCAAAAUAUCAAACCACUGCAUCAUGAGGUCAGCAGCCCAAUGAGUCCCGAUUAAGGGGGUUUUGUUGGGCCAAGAAAUGGGUUAUAGGAUUUAAUGAUCAAACUAGGGGCACUGGACCGUGGCACUUUUAAGUUUUAGUCCACCUCUUUCUUUGCAGUCAUGCAAAUUGAUCUGUGGUAACCACUAUUUCUUGCAGGCGUACAGUGAUUACCUUGGAUUUGUCCUAACUUUAAAUGAUGCUGUCAAAGGCAAAUCAAUGGGAGGGGAUUAUAAAGUAUCUGAGGUAAUUAUGACUGUUACUCAAACCUUACCUAUCAUGCUAAAGCAAAUUUAAUUUACAGUAUUGAUGACAGAUCAUAACCGUUAAUUUAAAAAAGUCAGUGAUCAAUUAAGAAUACCAAGGAUUCAAAAUUAUACUAUUUUGAUUUUUAGUUUCACAAAUAUUGACCGCCAUUACUCAUGGCAAAUUUUCUGCAACCAAUCUCAUAAGCACAACCCAGAUCUGGGUAGUGAAACAUCAUCAGUAUGAAAUUCCUGUGCACUUGUUCCUCAGACAUUAUUUUGUGGGGAAACCAGUGGCUUUUGCUAAAUGUUGGCUGUUUUGUUAGGCUACAGGUUUGUUUUCUUAACAACUUUUAACUUCAUACAGGCUUCAACAAAGUUGGUAACCUUACUAGAUACCAUGGAGUCUUGGAUUGAUGAGAUACCACCCACUGAUCAACCACAGAGGUUUGGGAACAAGGCUUACCGGACAUGGUUUGAAAAACUAGAACAGGUUAGAGACUACGGAACAUGUUCACCCCUCAAUUUCCACUUGUUACUUGUAGAACCAAAAGAAACCCCUAGCUGUUUGAUUCCCCGCCUACUUUUUGUAUUUACCCUGCAACCCUGUACGUAAAAAUGGCCAGUGUCUCUCAAAACUGGGUUGUGACCAAUUUUGAUAGCAUAAUUUCAGACAUAACAGUUGAUGGAAGAGCUAAUGUAUUAUAAUGUAUUAUGUAAUGUAUGUGUAAUGUAUUAUUUUGAUAAUGCAAUAGCUUCAUUUUGCGAGAAAAGUUGUUAGUCCUGGACAAUACCCUUUGUGAACAAGACACUUUUUGGACUCAAAAUAAAUUAUUAGUGCCUUAUAACAAACCCCUGCUCAGCUGACAGCUGUACUAGGCAAAAGCAGAAACUAAUAACAAGCAUUAUUCUCCAGCAAGUUUAAAGUAGAAGGAGGAAAAUUUAAGUAGGUUUCAAUAUAUGUGUGCAGCAGGGGUACUCUGUAGGUACGGUUGAGGUAGCUUCCUUCUUUUAGGGGAGUCUGGGGGAUCCUUCAAGGGCCCUGAAAAGUAUAAGUGUUGAGAAACAGAGACAAAUAGGAUGGAAACAUUAUUUUCUGUGUAGAGCUGGUGCUUGCGUGAUGACUAGACAGUGAUUUUCACCUACCCCUAUGAAGAAACCCUGAAAAUGAUAAGGUUCUGAAAACCUGUGAUGCUUGAUUAUUCCUGUUUUGCUCAUAGAUAUUGUCUCAAACUUAUUUUUAUUCCAAUCCCUUUUUAACUGUUGAGGAACUACCAGCACCUAAGCCUUUUUUGUUGUUAUUUAGAAUGCUGACUCCUUGAUUAAGAAUCUUCUGCCAGAAAAGUUUAUGGGUGCCAGCACAGAACUUGCAGCAUAUCUUUUAGGUUUGGAGCUAUUACCUCAUUGUUUCAUUUUUAUUAUAGGGCUUAUUUUUUGACAUUAAAUACCCACAAAAAGGGUUCCUUCUCUCCUCCUAAAUGGAAACAUUUGAGAUAGCUGACAGAUGCCAUUUUGUUGUAACUGCAUGUAUCUUACACUCUGAGACAAUAUAAUACUUCUAGAGGUGGGAUCCCCAGGUAGGUAAGGUGACCCACUUGGGUGGGGUUAAAAAUUAACCCUCCUUUACAUGCAAUCUUACAACCUCGCCAUACUGGGGUGCACUUUCUCAAGAUUAUUGAAUGGUCACUCAGCAUGUAAACAAGAAAACUGUUGGCAAACCAGGUGUUGUAGUGAUUAAUGAGCACUCUUCUACACUCACCUGCUGCUCUUGCUGCAACCUUCAGUGCUGUGGCUUUCUGUUGUUGCCUUUAAUAAUGAUGCAAAGCCACUGCUAAAAGAAAUUUUGCGUGUAUUUGAUGUAUCAUGAAUCCGACCCCAGCUAGGCGGGUUUCCCCACCUUGAAACGUUUAGAUGGCAAAAUUUGACCCGGUCUGGUCUGGCAGACCAGGCCAGCCACCUUGGCAGGUCACCCCUAACACCUAUCAUGUAAACAUGAUCAAAUUAAAAUGAGUGAUUAUACGGACCUACCUGGGGUCUCCCACCUCUAUGUAAACAGGCCCUAAUGAUCCUGCUGAUCUUUGUGGUAUAGUUCUCUUUUUUAAUGCCAAGGAAGGUAAAAAAUAGUUUUAUUGUGAAUUUUAAGUCUCUUCCAGUUACUUGAAAUUUAGCACCUGCAAAAAGUGAAUCACAGCAUGAACACCUGACUUAAAAAGUUUUGUCCUGUAAAAUUGUCAUUUAAAAUACCUGUAGUUGGCAAAUUUGCUAUUAAUUACUGUAACUCCACAAACAAGUUGAGAAUUCAAAAUACUUCAGGACAGGGUAUGUGGUAAUUAAGUUGUAAGCUAAUAUUGUUUUUGUGUGACUCAACUUCUGUAGAUGGAUUUGGCAAUAAGACAAGAAUAGACUAUGGAACAGGUAUUUUUGGCAGUUAUGCAUUAAUAUUAUAAUUGAUUAAUUAUUAUUGUUAGUAUUAGUAUUAGUAUUUUUAUUAGUGUUAUCUGAAGUCAUUAUAUAAUCACAAUAAUUGUUAAUCACAUGGACUUUAACUUUCCAUGGGGGAGUCUUGUCACUAUGCCAUGUUUCGUAGGAUCAGUAUCGCUUUAUUAACAGCUGUGAAUGCUUCAAACAGUUAUAUAAUAAAGCGAUACUGUUCCUGAGGAAACAUGACGUAGUGACAAGACUCCGCCUGGCAAUAGUUCUCCUAUUCAGCGUAAACUGCCUACGAUAGCUUGCUGCUCUCGGGAGAAAAGAGAGAAAAGGUGCAAAGUAAACCAGCUUUGCUUCAAAGCACUGGUCUUAAGUAACUUCGGUACCACUUGCAAAUCAAAGUAUUUUUCAGCCAUUGAGGUGUUUAAUUUGAUUGUCAUGUCAAAAUCUCUGCCUGUUGAGGUGAAUAAUUGAGCUGAUAAUUUGAUCAUGAGUCACAUUUGUCCGUUGAGGUGAAAGAAAAGCUUGGAAUAAUGGAUUCAAAAUGUGUUUUUCUCUUUGAGGAAGCUAACCCCUGGCUAUUAAAGCAUUCAACUGUAAAAUAACUUGUUUGUCGCGCUGGCACCGGCUACUGUCAGGUCCAAUAAUUUGUUAACCUUUAAGUCAACCAAAGGAAACUUCUCGAGCACUACGCAUUAAACUGUCAUUCGCCCAUUGACAUGGAAUAUUCCUGAAGAUGUAUUAGUAUUUCUGAAAGGUGCUUCGUGAGUCUUGACAAAUAAAUGCUUGAUUGUGACAUUUAGGCAGCAUAGGCAUGCAUCAAUAUCUUCACACCUCCAUUUGCGAAUUAACAAAAAAUGUUCAGAUAGUAGAGCAGCCAAACAUCUUGUCUUCCUCGGGAUUCGUCACUUAACCAUUCGUGACCUUGAUGAAUUUACUUCCAGAGGCAAAUAAAGAAAUCUAGAUAUUAAUAUAAAGAAGUAAUAAUAUUGCUAAAUACUAAGGCCUUGCACUCUGGAAAUUAAUAAUUCACUCAAAGGGCUUCCCCCUUUUAUGCAUCACAAAUUCACAAAAAUAACAUUUUUUCUUUAAGAAGGCUUACCCACCCUAAUUUCCUGGAGCCAUUUUCAUUAUCUUCACUUAAUUUAUGUGUAAACUGUACUGUGAUUCCCCGUAGUUUCUUCCAGCUCUGACGCCAGCACUUACUUUCAAAUUGAAAGUCUUAGUGUUACUAGCUGUUUUUUUGUAGGCCAUGAAGCUUGUUUUGCUGCAUUUGUGUGCUGUUUGUUCAAACUCCGAGUGUUCGACCAAGGUGACUGUGUUGCAAUAGUCUUCAAAGUUUUUCACAAGUAAGUUGUAAUUUAUAUUUGUUUUUAGAUGAUGAUAGUAAUAAUAAUUAUAAUAAUAAUAAUAAUAAUAAUAAUAAUAGGUAAUGAUAACUAAAGAAAUGCAAUUAUUUUUGAAAGAAAUGUAUUUUUGAAAAUAGAUCACGAAUGAAUUUUUGGCUGUGACAUCAAUUUAUUCUGGAAACAUCCAGUAAUUACUUUUCACCAUAAAUAUACUUUUUCUUGCCAACCCACAGUGAUGAAUACUAAGUUCAAUGUCGGGUAACCUUUUUUUAAAAUUGCCAGCUGGGCAACCAUGCUGAGAAGCAAGGCUGACUCAGUGGCAGAUUCAUAAUGUCGCACAAUGUAUUGGAUAAUUUCUCAAAUUCUACGUAACCCUCUUUUUUGCCCAUACAUUUGAGUGUAAGUAAUACCAAUGUGACUGUGGGUAGUGAUGUCACGGUCUUGUAAGGAUGUCACUAAGAUUUCAAGUUGCCUGCUGAAUACAACAAGUACAGCUGUAGUCAGGGAGUCAAAUAGCUAGGGAUUUCUUUUGGUUAUAUUAUUUUUUCUUCUACUUUCGUAUGAAAGUAGCUGGGGGCCACAUUCAUAGUAGCUGGGGGAACUCCCUGGCCCCCGCCUCUUAAUGACAGCCCAGGUCUUGCAUUUACUCCUGGUGUUUCGAGGCUGGGUAAUCCAAUGUGCAACUGUUGUUUGUGGACUAUGGAUUAUAAUGUUUGUUGAGUUGUUCCUGAGGACCUAACAGGUGAGCAAACUUAUGAUUUCAUGUGAAAGGGCUAUUGGUAAUUUGCUUUUUAAAUUGAGUUUAAAGCAGUAGUUGGUCUAUGGAUUGGGUUUAUGCUCAAAUGUUUGUCAGAAACAGCGUGUUUUGCACAGCUCGUUUUACAUAUACAUUAAGCCAGCUUUCAACUUCCGUUAGGAAUGCAACGAAUUUGUGUACAUUUUGUUUUAGAGACUACCUUUGCCCCUGGAGAGACUCUUCACCCUGUGACGCUCUCUCAUUAGAUCAUAACAUCUUAUCAAAUUUAUAUUUUUAUAGGCAGGUACAAAAGUCGGACCGGAUCAACUCGGACCGCCAGUCCGGGUCGGAUAAACUCGGAUCGACUCGGACCAACUCGGAUCGAAUAAAAAAAUAAAAAUAAAAUAAAAUUGGACUCGGAUCAACUCGGAGCAAUCAAAAAAAUUAAAUUAAAUCUGCAAAACUGAAAGUUUAACCUAUUUGGGGGGUAAAAAAGGCCAGGUCAUCCUUUUUUUCUCCGUGGCUUUCAGGCGCCAUUUGUUUUACUGGUGCCAGUUCCUCUCGGAUCAUGUUAUAAACUCAUGGUUGUGGUUCGACAGUAAAGAAAUGAUAGUUUCAGUCGCCUAGAACGUAUAUAUUUGCUUAUUUAUUAGACUACUGAAUUAUUUAUGAGAAAAGCAUCAAAAGCCUGGUCUGUUGAUCGCAUUUGGAUAGUUACCGAAGAGUGUUUGUUUGUUCCUGUUUGUUUUUUUUUCUGCAGGACUUCUGAAACUUAAUUUUAAUGAUACACUAGUGAGCAGCACACAUACAUUUCCAGUGAACAUUUUCAACUUGGAAGGAGGAGAAACCAUGCUCGCCCUGGACAAAGGAAAUUUCCAUGCCCCGGGCAAGAAUCAAACUCGCGACCCUCCGGUUCACUGGCUGGAACGUCCGAUAAACAUAUAGUAUUCGGAGGGUCGUGAGUUCAAUUCUCGCCAAGGGUAUGAAAAUUUUCGUUGUCCCGGGCGAGCAUGAUUUCUCCUCCUUCCAAGUUAAAAAUGUUCACUGGAAGUGUAUGUGUGCUGCUCACUAGUGUAUCAUUAAAAUUAAUAAAAAUAAAAAUAAAAUUAAUUUACGCAACCACGAGUUUGUGAGAAAAAAGCAAAAUGGCGGGUGAAAGUUAAGUGAUACCAACUGAUAUUAUUUUUCUUUUUAUAAUCCGAGUUGUUUUUUUUUUAUGAUCCGAGUUGAUCCGAGUCCAAUUUUAUUUUAUUUUUAUUUUUUUAUUCGAUCCGAGUUGGUCCGAGUCGAUCCGAGUUGAUCCGACCUGGACUGGAGGUCCGAGUUGAUCCGGUCCGACUUUUGUACCUGCCUUAUUUUCAUGCCUCUUAUACAUACUUCGCGUGAUUCUUAUGCUUUUUUAGUAAAGGGCUUAUUUAUUAAUUAGUUCCUGAGGCCCACUGGGACAUAGUUUGCCAUGAGUUCCUCUGCCCAAUCAGCACUCUGGAGUUCCGUGUGUUCAAAUCCCACUAAGAUCUUUUAGCUUUGUCACAUGCACGUGAUAUUGCAGAUUAAUAAUUAUAACAUCACCCUUUCUGAUGCGUCUCCAAGUACAAAGUAAUAAGUAAGUGCUUCUAUUCUAAUCUAUCAUACAUUAAAAUUUUUGCCUGAUCAAAUUCUCUCAAGAUAUUUAGAGCUUAUGAGGAAAUUACAAAUGACAUAUAGAAUGGAACCUGCUGGAAGUCAAGGAGUAUGGGGACUAGAUGAUUUCCAAUUUCUGCCCUUCAUCUGGGGUAGCUCCCAACUGAUAGGUAUGUGGUGUGCUAAUCACAGGUUAUAGUCAGUUAGCAAAGUGAUCAGUGAUUAGAGAAGCAAUGGUGGCACCGUUGGUUGCAUUGCUUUGGGUGCCCAAGGUCCUGGGUUUGAUCCCGGGUAACAUCCUUGUUUCAACUUCUCUUUCACUUGGCUAGCUCAGUUGGAUGAGCUUGUGCUGCUGAGCAGGAGGCCAUGGGUUCAAACUCCAGUCAGACCAACACUCAGGGUCUUUAAAUAACUGAGGAGAAAGUGCUGCUUUUUGUAUGGGUAGCUGCAGAUGUUGAUUUUGUCGCGUGUUUUCAAUCAAAUAAGGCAAAAUUGUCGCAUAACAAGAAUUGUAUUGCAUGGUAAUACUACUAGUAAGCUCCACGCAACCACAUCAGCAACAGAAAGAAGAAAAUAAAAAAGCGUCAGGUUAAAUAAGUAAACCAAAAAGUCUCAAGAUAGGGUACACUUUUUGUCAGAUUUCCUUGCUAUCAUUGGAUGACAAACAUUGUCAAACUUGAUUGGAAUGGCAAUUCGAUUGUCACUUUAAUCUGUAAAAUCGUUGCUCCAUCAAUAGCAAUCAUCACAUCUUCAAUUUCAUUGGAAAAACCACAUGUACAAAGGCUCAGUGAUUAGACUUUCUAGUCCUCUUGGGUAAGGACGAUAAACAGUAGGCCCUGUCUCACAACCCUGGCACAUAUAGAAUCUGCGGAACAUUAAAGAACCUACACACUGUUCGCAUAGAGAAAGGGACGUUGUUCCCUGUGUGGUGGUGUAUCUCUCAUGGGGAAGGGACUGUUACAAGCCCAUAGUAAAAGGCAGCAUGCUCUGUUGUGGAGACCUGCCAAGAAUUGAUGAAACUGAGUAAAUAAUUAAGUAAAUAAAUUUUUCAACCUCUAAAAGUUGUAUUUCCCUGUUCAUAAUUUGUUCCAGGUCAUCCUGAUCUCAUGCCAUCUCACUUUCCUGAAAUACGUGCUGCUGAACAAAAUCACCUUGAUUAUAUGUUCUUUGACUGUAUCAAGUUUAUACACAAGGUAAUUGGACACAGAGCUGAGUUGCCUAAAACAAAAAAAAAACAGUAAAUCCAGGUUUACAAAGUACAGAAGGUUUCAUGGCAUUUUGCUUCGUUAUUAUAUUUAAAACCCAGCUCCCAUAAUUUUUUAGUAUAAAGAAAAUAUUAUUUGAAGUGUACUGCUUAUCCAGUUACUAAGCUGUCAGCAUCUGUACCUUGUGUUGAUUAAUAGUUCAAGCAGCUUUUUAGGGAAAAAUUAAUUUAGCUGAUUACUUAAUUACAGAGAAUAUGUAAUCUAAAGCAACAGAGUUUAUUACGAAAAACUCCAAGGCUAGUUAUAAAGAGUGCCUCAUUCAGUUAAAUCUUCUACCACUUAAUUACUGGUUGGAUUUGUUCUUUUACUUUAAUGUAAAGUAGGUUGACAUUCAUUGAAUUUGAAAAAUUAUGUUACUGUUUCCCCUGGUACUAUUAACAGGUGUUCACCUACUGGCUUAUAUAAUUUACAGCCAUAACUACAUUCCAAAAAUUUUGUACGGUUUGUAAAGGAAUGCCUUAUACCUAAUAACAUUAUUUCAGUCUAGUACUUCUGUAAGCACCUUCAAAGGUAAACUAAAGGCUUGUUUUAAUAUUAAGAGCAGUGUUUGACUAGGACAACACAAGAUCAUAUAUUAAGCUUGUUUGCCUAAAAUACCGUAAGGCUACUUUUUGAUCCAAAAAGCAGUUGUACGCUUGUAAAAUUUUAUAUGUCUGAUAUGCAGAUCAUUUUCUUUUCAUACUUCUUUCUUGUACUCCACUUUUUUGGGUUAACUAGGGGUAAGGGUCUGGUUAGAUAGUUUUUUUCUCUUUCUUAUGUUUAUUGGUAGGUUAGUUUUGGGUGGUUAAAUUUUGUAGGGGACUUCACAUGUCCUAUUGUUUUUCCAUCUUGAAUAUGAUAAUAUGGUAUGUAUACCUAAUCAGUAAAUAAAUAAAUAGUGCAAAAUGUCAUUUUUCGUGCAAUGAGAUCCUGUUUCCUUGUCAUCUGGCUGGUUUACUCUUUGUCACAUUCAUCUUAAAAAAAGUGGGAGGGAUUGCAACAGUGAAUUUUUUUUUUCACUGUUUAUUCUCGCACGAAACAUCUAUGGUUUUGUGAAAAGGGGUCCAUUCUUAAAUUAUUGUUUAAAAAAAAAUGGGCAAGGGCGGCUAUUGAACCCGGUACCUUCAGCUCCAAAGGUUAAGUGUUAAUGCCUUGCACCAUGAGGACAAUAGACAGAGAUACCCUUAUGGCCAGGUGGACAGACUUACACAGACAUUAAAAAGCACUAAAACUAAAGCAAAAGUUUUGUUAAAUUUGUUUUAUUAGAAUUGCUGUUUUGCUCACUGAAAAUGCCUGCUGCUGUAUCAAAUCCUUUAGAAGAUUGUUUCUAGAAUAAGAUAAUUUAUAUAAUGAGUCAUUGUGUGAACUUGUUUUAACUGAAUCACUCUCUUUGAAAUCCCAGAAAAUAUUUUUCCUUGUCACAAUUUGUAACAAGUAAGCUCUUUUUUUCUUUUUUUAGAUGAAAAGUGGGCCUUUUGCGGAGCAUUCUAAUAUACUAUGGGGAAUAAGUUCUGUUGCUGCAUGGGAAAAAGUUAACUCUGGAUUAAUCAAAAUGUACAAAGUUGAGGUAACUGGUCAGAUUGUUUCUCUUUCUAUACUUCUCUCAAAGGAGAUUUCUUUACAGUUCAAGGACUCCUUUCACCUCCCCUCCUCCUCCAGCCAUUGGCACCUGCUGGAGAAACACUUUUCUUACCUGUGUAUUUCUAGGAGUGCCAAGAAACUUGUCAAAGAUCUACCUAUUGAAGCCAACACUUUGUGAGCCUCUCCUGUCCGUGAUACAGAACACUUCCCAUACAAUGUAUAGUAUAGUCUUCUGUUGUCUUGUUAGUCUCAAACAAAAUUAAAUUAUUUGAAUCUGGGGAUGAAGAGCUGCAAAAUAACAUGUACAUCUGCUGUACAUGCAGUGAUUUUGUUAUCUCUGCGUCUUGCGUCCCUGAUGCAUAAAGAUCGCCAAAGAUGCAAAAUAAUAAUGGUAUGCAUCCUUUGAGACACAAAGAAUGAUCCAUCGAUUUGAAGAUUUUUUGGAGUAGAAUAUCCAGUGGGUGUGAUUUCUUUUAUCAGUAAAGUGUAAAAAAAAGUCGAGUUUUUGCAUCUGUCUCCAGAUUAACUGUCUGGUUACAUAAAGGCCCAAGCAUUUCAAUUUAGGACUCCCAUGACUCACCAUAACUAUUUGUAACAAAAUCACUGUACGUGUAGUUUUAUAUUAAAAGAAUAUACCUGCGGGGAGAAUGCUCCAGAGUAAAAGUGACUGGGAUGUUGAGGGAUUUGUGGCCAGGCUUUAAAAUUUUCCAUUUGCUUUUUUUUUUCUUGGAUAGGAAAAUUUGAUAAGUAAUUUUUUGGGGUGCCUUGAUUUAAGAAGAGAUUUUUGGGGUGCUCAAAACAAUCUGAAGAUUGAUGUCUUAGCCCGUACAAAUUCUCAUAUUUUGAAGGUCACACAACAAUGCCAAUGCUCUUAUUUCUAGCUUGGGCCCCCUGAACAUUAAGAAUUUACACAGAAAUGUUUCUCAGCAACAGAAUCAGAUCUCGAUCAAACCCAAAAUGAUGUUACUCUUCCUAUUCCACAGUCUACUGACAAUAGUCAAAAUCAAAUCAAGAAGAAUUUUUUUUUUAAGUUUUUCUUUAUUGUUGAUCAGUUUUUGUAUAUUCUCUAGGUACUAUCCAAGUUCCCUGUGAUACAGCACUUUGUUUUUGGAACACUGAUGUCCAUCGAAGAGGCAGACAAAUUUAAGAAACCUCUGUAA